GUUGCUGCUCACAGUUAGGGGGGCCUACCCACACCCAACUGGCACCUUGGGCACGCCUCGGGAGCAGAUGCUAGGUGCUAGGAUGCCGUGAUGCCACUGCUUACUUGCCUGGCUUUUACCUCUCUCACUCGCCUCUUCCCCUUACUAACAACAACUUAUAGACGUCCUGAUCCGUGUCGGUGUCUGGGCCGACGUUACGCGCCUCGAGGAGCAGACCGCCCUGCGUCGACGUGGUCAAAAAGUGCGUGCUUUACCGCUUGCAGAUCUACCAGCCUGCCUGCCUACCCGCCUACCAACGCAUGAGGUUCCUUUUAUUUAGGUACCUACUUACACACACACACACACACACAUGUGUAUAUAUAUAUAUAUAUAUGUAUGGGCGUAGGGAUAGGGAUAGGGAUAGGCACAGG